AUGUUACCGCCUCCCGACGUUGAGAACGAGGCCACCGAACAGGCCCAGGAGCGAACAACGCGGCUCACUCAUGGCCAGGUGGCGGGGCUCAACCGCCAGCUCGCCCCCGUGGUCUUCCACAUGAAGACGCCCCAUCUGGCGGAAUUGGCGCCGUUGAUGUUGACCCACACCAUCGCCGCCCCGGUGGUCGCCAUUUCCAACAUCCGAAAGCAUCCGGGCGACCGUUUCUUCUACACCUGGUUCUGCAUCCUGACCUACAUCCCUAUCUUGGCCGCGUGCAUCGGACCAGUGGCUAACAUGCUCUCGAUCGUCGCCCUUAUCGAACGGUGGCGCUCGGUGACCGCCGAGUCAUCGGACGAGCACGACCAUCCCAGCGAAAUCUCCGAUGAGUGGCGGGUGAUGGUGCUUAAUGCGGUGCUGUUGGCCUCGGGGGUCGUCGGCAAUAUCGCCUUCUUUGGGAACUUUACCGGCCGGUUGCGCUACUCCAUCGCCAUCUUGACGUCAAUCUUCUGUUGGUACGCGUCUAGCGGGUUGCUUUUAGCGGCGAUCUUCGUUACUCGCGGCACGUUCACCCCGCAACUUGUGCCUCUGGAAGGAUUCUACACUGCCUGUUUCACCUGCGGGUUCUACUUUUUGAACGGGGUGUUGUUGCUGGUCAACUACUUCGGGGCAGUGAUCAAAAUGUAUCCCUUUGGUCUCAAUCUCAACAGCAAGCAGCGCACGCUUAUGGUGUUCACAAUUUCGUUCUGUGUGUGGUGUAUGGUGGGGUGUCUAUCGAUGCGAAAGCUUAUAGGCGAUAUCACUUACUCACUGGCGUUGUACUACUGCCUUGUACUGUACUUCACCAUCGGGCUUGGUGACAUCACUGCCCACAACGAUGGCGGUAAGGCGGUGGCGUUACUCCUUCUGUUAGGCGGUACGUUGCUUUUAGCGUUGAUCGUCACCAAUAUCCGCCUGGUGGUAAUGCUGAUUGCUGGCCCUACCCUCUCGUGGGACGGAGCCGAGCGGCGGCGACGGCGUACUGUGAAGAAGUACGAGGAAAAGCACAUCGAGGUGACGUUUGACUCAUCGUACCACAAGAUGCGGCGCAUCCAACGGAAGCUGGACUUGAGUCUGCUUCGCCAAACGUUGAUCACCGAACUAUGCGUGUUCUGUGUGUUUUGGUUUGUCGGGGCUACCGUGUUCUAUACCGUGGAAGACUGGGACUACUUCACCGGUAUAUACUUCUGCUUCUUGUGUCUUUUGACCAUUGGCUACGGUGACUACGCCCCCAAAUCUAACCUUGGCCGCGUGUUUUUCUGUGUAUGGACCAUAGCGGCGGUGCCGAUGAUGACGAUCAUUAUCAGUAAUAUGGGCGACAAGCUCUACCUGUGGCUGGACUUCUUCACCCAGGCGUUCCGCCGGGUGUGGUGGGGGAAGAUGCAGCGGAAGAAACCCAAGGUUCAGGGAGAGCAGCCGGUGUGGGAACUGGCGCUGGAACUGGACCUGGACCUGGACCUGGACCUGGACCUGGAGCAGGAGAUGGCCCUGCACCGGGGUCAGGAGGUCGGCGCCGACGACGAAAUGAGACGCAAUUCCAGUGAUACCAUCUCGGUCCACCUGCCGGAACCGGAGCCGGACAAACCGUUGUGGCCGUUGGAAAACCCCCCUAGCUCUGGUGAUAGCGCGGGAAGCGUUGAGGAAUCCAAGGAAACUCACCUGUUGGAAACGCCGAAGAAGUUGAGCUAUACGAAAGAAUGGCGCCGGAUCUGCGAGGUGUUGCAAAAGCGUAUUCGCCAACAGCUGGAGCAGCAGCGACAAUUGCUUGAGUACAUUGCCGCGUUGACGCCCCUUAUUCGUGACCUGGCGGACCACCCCGAUAAACGCUACAGUCUUGAAGCGUGGCAUAAGCUUUUCCGAGCCGUGCAACUGCCGGGGUUUCUCGCUGAUGAGGUGAAGGACAUUCCGGUGUACGAAGAGGAUCCCUGGAUGUGGCUUGGCGAGCGGUCACCGCUCCGGGUGCCUAUCAGAGAACCCAACUUCAUGAUGAUGAAGCUUUACUCGAAGAUCGAGCUCGACUUAGUGGCAAUGCAAAGAUUCUGGCUGCACGAAGAUCAGAAGCUUACGGACUAUCUCAACCGUAUUCAGGAUAUGGCCGAUGAACAAGAUGCUAAGCGGAUUCAUCGCAUGCAGAGACGGCAUCGCAGAGGUCACAAUCGUCGGGUACGUCGUCGUCCCGGCAUACUGCCUCGUCCUAGCAGAUCGCGGUCGAAAUCACAGUUACUGUCAUCAUCAGAGUCAAAUAUAUCACCAUUCUCACCGAAGACGUGGCCGAAGCCGCCGUUGUUCAAAUUGAUUACUCGCACCUUAACUGAGAAGAAAGAAAUGGAGAAUGAGAAGGAAGGAGAGAAAAGAUUAUAG